AUGCGCGCCGCCGAUGCUGAGCCCGUUCCGCGGCGGAAUCCCUUCAAGGCGCAAUGGCGCACAAAUUUACCCUCCUUUCAUGAGUGUUUGGCGUCGCUGGGGACCCGGGAGAAUUUUCGUAGCUUCGGUGAGGUGUUGGCUGCGGUUAGUCCGCCUCCGCGCGACGUCCCCGAAACAUCGUGUGCACUAACUUCACCGGCGAUGAACAGGAAUGACGACUUCUCAUUUUUGACGUUGGAGGUGUCAGACAUCACGAUGCCAGGAACUCCUCCUCAUCCGGUGGAGCGCUACCCGCAGAGCUGCGCCUCCUCAACCGAGCGAACACCGCGACUUAGCGAUGACGAAGAGAGGGGUGAAGGAAUUUCUUUGACGUCGCCUCAGCUUCCUCCAUUGUGCCCCAACGCCUCUCCCAUUGCACACAGUCCUCCUGCGCUGGGGAAGUCUUGCUCAAUCCCGCGAACAGAGCCGCAAGAGGUGUUGACUACACAUUUUGUUGCGCGCACGAGGCCAGCACUGUUGAAAGAAGGAGGAAAUGUGGACGCCGUCUCUGUGAAAGAAAUUCCCAUUGCCCAUGUAGAGCACUCGGCUCGCCAUGAAGGGGAGACCGUUCUGGCGCCAAGCGAAGACUUUUUCUUAGAAAAUGACAGGGGCGUGGGAGAGUGGUGUUAUAUCAAUCAGCGUGUGGACAGCAUUAUCCCUCCCUUGUCUGAGUGGAGUGACGGAAAUUGGCUUAGUGACCCAUUGGACUCUUACGGCGACUUUGCGUACCAUCAUCCUUUGCUCUAUCGGGUCACUGCAGACACAGCACGGGAGGCUGGACUAAGGGGGCAUUUCUUUUUUCAAUGCACAUGA